AUGUUUCCAAUCACUACAAUUGAUGCUACUGUUUUACAAAAAUGUUCAGAAUGUGAUGCUGAAAAAAAUCUUUGUAUCUGUUUAUCGUGUAACCUACUUUUUUGUGAUCAUAUUGAAGAAGAUCAUAUAUUUAGUCAUUUUAUAUCAACGCAACAUGCUUAUGGAAUGAAUUUGAAAGAAAAAAAAAUUUUUAAUCUUUCUCUUGAUAAAUAUGAUAAUGAUUUUAUACAAAAAAACAAUUGUACACAGCUUGUUGAAUAUCCAUUUGAUGAUUUUAUCUCAAAUAUGAUAACUGAUUAUAAUGAUCCAUUAAUAACUGAUAAUGGAUCUGAACGUAUUGUUGAAAAAGAAAAAUUGAUGAAUAUUGAUUUGAUUAAAAAUCUUGAAGAUUUACGAAAUGAAAACAAAAGUUUAUCAACAACUAUUGAUGGUUUAACACAAGAGAAAGAAAAACAAGACAAACAACUAAAUGAAAUUCACCAAAAUUUAGUUAAUGAAAGAGCAACAAAUAAACAAUUAGAAAAACGUUUUAAUAAAAAUCUUGAAGAUUUAGGAAAUGAAAACAAAUAUUUAUCAACAACUAUUGAUGGUUUAACACAAGAGAAAGAAAACCAAGACAAACAACUAAAUGAAAUUCAACAAAAUUUAGUUAAUGAAAGAGCAAUGAAUAAACAAUUAGAAAAACGUUUUAAUAAAAAUCUUGAAGAAUUACGAAAUGAAAACAAGAAUUUAUCAAUAACUAUUGAUAGUUUAACACAAGAGAAAGAAAAACAAGACAAACAACUAAAUGAAAUUCAACAAAAUUUAGUUAAUGAAAGAGCAACAAAUAAACAAUUAGAAAAACGUUUGAAUAAAAGUCAACAAGAGUUAAAUAAAUUAAAACAUGAUUUUAACGAAGAAAAAAUCAUCAACCAACAAUUAAUUCAAAAACAAAACGAUCUUACGGAUAAAAUGGCAAAUCAGAACAAGGAAAUCAAAACACUUAAUGAUCAAGUUAGUGAUUUAAUUCUUCAUCUUGAGGGUGUAGAAAAACUUAAAUUUGAAGCAACAUCAGAUGAGCUUGCAGCAAGUCAAAUUCUUAUUAGUUCCAAACCAAAACAAGCUCGACGUCGAAAAUAA